AUGACUGACGCCUCCGCCGAUAGCCGCGUAACUGCGCGCCGCCUACGCCGACAAUACCCGCAGUCGAUUGCGCAGCUAGAUCAUCAUUACCACCAUAUGCACCAACGACUGUCUACUUCGCGACAUCAGAUGUGCCCGAAGUCACACCAUAUUGCAGAUGGUCCGCCAUGCCUUGUGUCAUCUCGUUCUUUAACGUGUGCAGUGUCGGACACAUCGCCGCGGUUACCGUCUAAGUUGGAGCUUAGACGCAGUGAGGCGAGCAAAGUCCAGACUUGUCUCACUCGCGAUUGUGAGCCAAUGAGUGUCCCCAAAUUUCGCCGCAGUGGAACCGUGAAAGUGAGUAAAAAGACGAUCAGGGAUGGCUUAUCACAUUGUUCUCGAAGACAUAAAGUAUAUGAUGAGGACAGUAGCGAUAGAAAAGAACAGAGCACACCGUAUGAGGAUUGGAAGCGAUUACGAAGGGCACGCACUUCUAGUGGGAAUAGUUGCGCUAGUACCAGUAGCACCAGCAGUUAUGCGUCGUACGUGGUAAAUCCAACGACGGAACGACAAGACUUUGAACCAGGAAGUGACGAUGAACUGAAUGAGAGAGAAAAGAAAAACUUUAAACAUAUGGGACACAGAGACAUGGAAGUAGGACUGCCGUCCGUACUGAAGCAUAUAUUUGCGCCGGUAUUACCCCCGCCACCAUAUCCAGUUGACUCUUACCACUUUUACACCAAGUCUAAACAGACAUAUUCAGGAGCUGGCACAGCUGCAGAGGCGACAUCUACUCUUGCGGCACUAUUUACAGGAUGUAAAAUUGAGGCUAUAUUCCAUCCGCUGAAGUGCAAAUUCAAGUGCCUCAAGUAUGUACACUACAGCCACGUCGAAUUUGUAGUUCGAGUAUAUGCACAUCGACAAACGUUUCUUGUAGAGUUUCAACGUCGUAGCGGAAGUAUGUUGCUCUGGGAUGGACUCUAUCGUAUCUUGUAUCAGAGGCUAGCACCAAUUAUUGACACUACUGCACUGCCAUGUUCUCAAAGUAGUGGCCAGAAACGAAUUGCCAGUAAAAUUAUGGCUUCAUCAGGUGUAACCUCUGCUUUUAAUCAUCAUUCGGAGCAGUUGUGUUCUUCAGAUCAUGAAGGACUUGGAACGCAAUUGUGGCGGACUUUGUCUCUCAAAAAACCAACUCCUAGUUCCGGCGUCGAAGCGAUGAAGAUCAUGCUAACGUCUCGAUUCUUGGAUGCGAUGCGAGAAGGUUGCGCUGGGCUUGCUGAGCUCACGGAAGAUGUGCAGAAUUCUUGCAUGGUUGCCCAGGCUGAUAUGGUGAUGCCAUUAAUUCAAGCGGCAAAAGCUGCAGACCUUAAUAUGUCGCGAUGUGCCAUUGGAGCGCUAGCUAACAUCGCACGUGCCAUCCCGCGAUUUCCAGAAAAUGAAUUAUCUCUGGCUAGACGGAUAGCGCAGCAACUUCGAGAAGAAGCCACACCUGUGAUAUUGCGACGACUAGAAGACGCAGAUGAAUGUUCUCUCUUUUCGAUUGAAUUACUUCGGGAAUGCGCUCGAGCUCUUGGUGCAUUUGUCAGGCUAGUACUGGAAGUAGAUCCCCGGGAUGCUGUUUCAUCCAGCAUAAACGAUGAGCGAUGUUUACGUAUGUUUCGUCUUCACGCGAAACACCACGAUGCUCAACUAGCGUCGCAUUGCCGUGCCGAGCUAGAGCAGCUGCGUCGUAUCGUGAAGUGA